AUGGUUGCAGCUAUGAGGCAAAAUCGAAUCAGCAAACAAUCGCUGUUGAUUAUUGUUUCUCUUUUAAGCUUAAAUUUCGCGCAAGCAAACACUAUCUUCGAACGGGCAACAUGUCCUCAAGCGGGCUAUGUACAAUGUGCAAAUACUGGGUUACCAUCAGACUUUUGUUGCCCCUCUACGUCGACUUGUAUAGCGUUAGCACAAAACACCACCUUAUUGUGUUGUCCUAGUGGAAGUGAUUGUAGUACUAUUCAACCUAUUACUUGCGACAUCACUCAACAAAAUAUCACUUCACAUCCUGAAAAUACACUCAAAACUACAGCUCUGACAGCAACUUUGGAAAAAUGUGGAAGUAAUUGCUGUCCAUUUGGUUAUACUUGCGUAAAUGGAAACUGUCAGAUGAACGCCGAUCAAGCGGAUUCCGUUCCAGGUCAACAACAGAGUUUUGCCGCGGGCAGUGGAACAUCACCUGUAGCCACGAGCUCAGGUACACAAGCAACCGCUACUUCGGGAAAUCCCUCGUUCACUAACCCAUCGUCUACUUCGACUUCAUCCUCAACCGGCACACCUAUAACUAUCAUCCCAGAAACAUGCGACAAAUACCCUGUUGUUGCAAUUCUCAUAGGUUUAUUUCCAGGUAUCGCCAUAGGAGCCAUUCUUGCUCUUCUCACUGUAUGCUGUCUCGGUCGCCGUAAACAUUCUCAACGCAAAAGCGGUUCCUCCUUCGGAAAUAUCUCCGACCCUGUUCCCACUAGCGACGUACGUACCGAUUUCCUCCGCAAGAUGCCUCAAACUCCUUCUACAUCCGCAGAUGGUACUCCCCGAAGAAAUAAAACCAUUACACGUGUUCAAUCCUUAUUUCGAAAAUCCACCGCUACAGGAAUGUCCAAUAGUCCUGGCAUAGCUUAUCAAAAUAGUCCACCUCCAGCAUUACCAAUCCCACUCAAUAUACAAAGAAAAAAACAAACAAACGUAUCAAAUCGACCCAUUACUCCUCCUUUACAACGCGAGCCGAGUUAUGAAGAUAUAAAUAUAUUUACAGAUGCCGAUACCGCGAGUUCUUUUCGACAAGUAAGAGAACAACAGAACCAGAAUCAAAGUGUGAAUCAUCUCGGUUUACCACCAACAUUUGGAGUAGAAGGACAAAGAGGAGGAAGUCACAACACUACAUUCACGGAUAUGAUGGAGAGGAGUGGAUUAGCUGGAUUACAGAAGGGUCAACCGUAUGUUUAUCGAGGAAGUGUAACGACCUAUACACCCAGUCCACCACAGAGAGAUAGAAUGGGAUAGUGAUGUUGUUUUUGCGGUUAUAAUUGGGGGUAGGGUAGGGUGAGAUUGAUUUUUUUGGUGUUAUUGAUAGGGAGCAUGGAUACCUAAGAAGUAUAGAUAAUCAGCGACUCGAAGAGAUGUUGAUGAAAAGUUUUAAAGAUACAAUCCGCGAGUUCGGAUGGGAUGGGAGUUUUAAGGUUUAUUGGGUGGAGGAUUUGGACUGGGAGUUUUGUACUACUUUACUUUACAUUGCAUUAUAUUAUAGUCUAAUAUUUUUUGGGGGUUUGUG